AUUCAGUUUGGAGGUUCUCAACGCGUUAUCCAUUCCCUCUCGUCAUGUCGGAGACAAAACUACACACCAAAUCUUUGUUUUGGGCCCAUUUUGCCUGUUGGCCCAUACUGGGCAUGAUGACACCACCGAAUGUCAAAUACAAAGCCCUCUAUUGGAUCUACUCCUUUGCGGUGGUUACCAUUCUCAUGAUUGGAUAUCCUCUCCAUUUGAUUUUGGGUCUGGUGUCAAGUUCUUCGCUCAAGGAGUUAAUGCAAAGUCUCAGCAUUACUCUCACAUCGACGGUGUGCUCCAUCAAGACAAUGGCAAUUUGGUGGCGUUUGAACAAGGUCACCGAUAUGUUCACCAUCAUACGGCGCCAGGAUGAACGUGUACGUUCCACCGAAGAAGUGGACUACAUGAAAAAUGUCGUGUAUCCCCAAGUUCGAUUUGUCAUUCGUCUGUUCUAUGUCAUCUGUGGGUUUUUAAGUCUGUUUGGUGAACUAUCAUUGGUUGUAGCUGGUCUCCUGGGUAAUUGGCGGAUACAAUAUAAGGCCUAUUUUCCCUUUGAUCCCUAUGCCAAUACCAAAAACUACGUUAUUGCCCAUGUCUACCAACUGCUGGGUGUGAAUUUUACUUUGGUGCAAAAUAUUGUCAAUGACACCUUUGCCUCAUCGCAUUUGGCUCUGCUGCGGGGCCAGGUGGAUAUGUUGGCGAGGCGUGUGGCCAAAAUAGGUCAUGAUCCCCAAAAAACUCAAAGGGAAAAUAAUCAACAGCUAUUGGAAUGCAUAAGGGAUCACGAGGAUCUGCUGGAGUACCGCCAAAUUCUUGAAGAGAUCAUCUCGGUUUAUAUGUUUUUCCAAAUCCUCUUGUGUGGCCUCAAUAUGUGUGUCAUUUUGGUCUACAUGGUCAUCUUUGUGCGCAAUGACGUCAUCACUUUGUCCUAUUAUAGCACCCAUUUGAUUGGGGUCAUGUGUGAGAUAUUGCCCAGCUGCUAUUAUGGCACUCUACUUGAAGAUGCCUUCCAGGACAUUGCCCAUGCCCUGUUCUCGUGCAAUUGGAUGGAUCAGGAUUUGGAAUUUAAGAAAAAUCUUCGAAUUUUUAUUGAAAAUUCAUCGAGACGUAUUUAUGUCACCGCCUGGCUGUUUCGCAUUAACAACAACGCCUUCAUUGUGGCCUGUAAAAAUACCUAUACCCUGUUUGCUCUCGUCAUGAAUUUGAAAUAAGUAAAG